AUGGGCAAUAUCGUCACUGUAUGUCGUGUGAUUCGGCAGAAAUUGUUUCUCCCGCCUCCCAGUGUGGUGCGGUUUCAGCUCAGCCGAAAAUACAGUUUCGCCAAACCACAAAUUGACAGUGUCGAAUUGGCCGAGUUGCGUCGAAAGUACAACUUCGAUCAUGACAACACUGCCGAGCAGACGAAAAAAACGAAUACGACAAAUGGUCCUAAAGAUGAAGAAGUUUUCGUUCCAAAAGAGGGGAAGAAAACCGCGUGA